ACAAAGCGGUCGUAAAACACCCACACUAAUUAUUAUUGUAUUAUUUUAAAAAACGCGCGACUAUUUUUUUUAAUUUUAAUUUUUCGGAAAAAAAUUGAAUUUAUGUAUUCUAUAUUGGUUUGGCGAGUGCAUACGUAGUGAAAUCAAGAUCGCAUUGAACUCAGCCAAGUCUAUUGCACUUGACACAGGACUAUGGCCUUGUGAAAAAUUCUGAAUUUCCUCAGUUGAAUAAAACAUGUGGCGGCACCCAGCUCUGAACAGUUGUAGCGAGAGGAAGUCUACAUACGCGCCUGUCUCACAGAUAUGAAUGCUUUCAGUUUGUGUGCAUAGUGCCGUGAAACAACUACAAACUAUUAAGGGACAUUACAUAUCAACUGUUUAUUGAAAUGAUGGAGAACUGCCGAAUAGUGCUACUGUUGGUUGUGGCGCUGCUAGGAGCGAACCCGACGACACCACAAGACUCAAAUCCAAUUCUAUCACUCUUGCAAUUCCUUCGAGAAGGCGGCAAGCUGUUAGACAAUGAACCUCCUGAUGUAGUCAACUUACUUUCUGAAUAUGAUUUUAUCAUAGUUGGCGCCGGCAGUGCUGGCUGUGUAUUGGCAAACCGACUCACAGAAAUACCAGAAUGGAAAGUGCUCCUGGUAGAAGCAGGUGGAAAUGAAAACUUUGUAAUGGACGUACCAUUGGUUGCAAAUUAUCUUCAGUUUACCUCAGCAAACUGGAAGUAUAAAACGCAACCGUCGGAAAAAUACUGCGCGGGUUUUGAUAAUCAACAGUGCAAUUGGCCACGUGGUAAGGUUGUCGGGGGUUCCAGUGUUAUUAACUAUAUGAUAUACACCCGUGGGGCCCCACAAGACUACGAUAAUUGGAAAUCUAUGGGAAACGAUGGUUGGGCUUGGGAUGACGUACUGCCUUAUUUCAAAAAAGUAGAGAAUUACAAUAUUCCCGCGUUCGACAACCCAAAAUAUCACGGUCAUGGAGGUUACGUUAAUGUAGAACAUGCUCCAUUUAGGACUACGACUGUAAAAUCGUGGGUAAAAGGUGCCCAAGAGAUGGGUUUCAAAUAUAGUGAUGUAAAUGGAGCUAACCCAUCUGGUGUUAACUUUUUACAACUCUCAAUGAAGAAUGGAACUCGUCAUAGUUCCAGUAGAGCUUAUUUACAUCCAAUACAUAAGAGGAAGAAUUUACAUAUGUCUAAAGCGAGUAUGGUAACCAGGCUUUUAUUUGAUGAAACAAAAACUAAGGUGAUUGGCGUGGAAUUAGAAAAACGUGGCAAGAAGCAUAAAAUUUUAGCUAAAAAUGAAGUAAUUGUAUCAGCCGGCGCCAUCAAUUCACCUCAACUUCUAAUGGUAUCUGGGAUCGGACCAAAAGAUCAUUUGAAUUCUAUGAAAAUAUCUGUCAUCAAGGAUUUACCUGUUGGUUAUAAUUUGAUGGAUCACAUAGCCGCGGGCGGAGUACAAUUCAUGAUAGACAAAAAAAGCUUUACUUUAAGUACCGAUUAUGUACUCAAUCAUCCAGAAAUAAUAUUUAAGUGGAUGCAAAGUCAUAAGGGCCCUUUGUCAGUACCGGGCGGUUGUGAAGCUCUUGUAUUUAUGGAUUUGAAAGACAAAUUUAACGUGACAGCAUGGCCUGAUAUGGAAUUACUGUUCAUUGGGGGUGGGUUAAAUUCUGACCCGCUUUUGCCCAAGAAUUUUGGAUUCACUGAUGAUAUUUUUCAAGACACAUAUGGACCACUUGGAAAUAAUAACUUGUUCAUGAUUUUUCCGAUGCUAAUGCGACCAAAAUCUAAAGGUAGGAUAUUCCUUCAAAGCAGGAAUCCUAUGACCCACCCUAUUAUUGUUCCAAACUAUUUUGAUUAUCCGGAAGAUUUAGAGAAAAUAGUAGAGGGCAUUAAAACGGCCAUCAAGAUUUCUGAACAAAGAUCUAUGAGAAAAAUUGGAACAAAAAUAUAUGAUGUCCCGAUAGAGGAAUGUCUGAAGUAUGGUACGUUUGGUAGCGACGCAUACUUUGCUUGUCAAGCACAAAUGUUUACAUUUACGAUAUAUCAUCAGAGUGGAACAUGCAAGAUGGGUGUUGAAAAUGAUCCUACAGCCGUUGUUGAUGCUCGGUUAAAAGUGCACGGAAUUUCCAAGUUGAGAGUAAUAGAUGCCAGCAUAAUGCCCGAAAUAGUUUCCAGUCAUACUAACGCUCCCGUGUUCAUGAUAGCAGAGAAAGGCGCCGACAUGAUCAAGGAAGAUUGGGGUCGCAAAACGUAGACAUUAACUAUCCUAGAGUAAUCUAACUGUGAUAUUCAAAUUAGUUUUUAUUUUUUAUAUAAUUAGCCAGCCUUAUAUAAUUCACAACGUCUUUUACUGUGUCUAAAUGAACGAAAUAAAAAAUAA